AUGGGAUUCAUGGCCCUCUUUGAACUGGGGACCCUCAUAUGUGCCCUCGCAAACUCGAGUAAGAUGAUAAUCGCCGGAAGAGCAGUAACCGGCCUCGGUGGAGCUGGAAUUUUUAAUGGUGCCUUGGUCAUCUCGACUACGUUAGCACCACCGAAUAUUCGCCCAAUGCUUACCAGUAUUGGAGUGUCAAUGCUCCCUAUCGGCGGCUUCCUUGGUCCAAUAAUUGGGGGCGCAUUGACCGAGCAUGCCAGCUGGCGCUGGUGUAAGUUGAACGGCUAUUCCUAUAUAUUGGACAAUAGCGAUGAGGCCAAUCUAACUCCCUUCCCAGGCUUCUGGGCUUUUCUCCCUCCUGGUGCAUUCGUCAUGCUAGCCAUACUGCUACUUCGGAUCCCAGAGAGUGCACCCAAGCCCUUCGUAAGAUCAACUCUAGCCAAACUUCCUCAGAAACUUGAUCUUAUUGGUUUCACUCUUUUCGCACCCCCCUGUAUUAUGUUUUUGAUCGCCAUAAGUUGGGGUGGGGUGACAUACCCAUGGGAUUCAAGCAAAGUAAUUGGCCUUCUCUGCGGUAGUGUUGUCAUGUUGAGUUUGUUUACUGUCUGGUCUCUCUAUCGCGGAGAAGAGGCUCUGAUUCCCAAGAGCUUUAUCCGCCAGAGGACCGUGCUCGUUGCCUCUUGCGUUUCUGGUCUUCAAGGAGGCGCCUCUAUCAUGGUGGGAUACUUUCUUCCCUUGUGGUUUCAGGCCAUAAAGGGAGCAACCCCAACCAACAGUGGCUUGAUGAUGCUACCAACAAUGGCGAGUCAAAUUGUUGGCUCUAUGCUAUCCGGGGGACUCAUCCGCAAGUUGCAUUAUCUACCUCCGUGGGCCAUUUUGGGGAGUAUAUUUGCCGCAGUUGGCCCUGGCCUUAUGGUUACUUUCAACUUCAAUACACCCAGAGCACAGUGGAUCGGGUACCAAGUGAUUGGAGGCCUCGGACGUGGUAUGGCGUUGAAUAUGCCAUUUAUAGCAGCUCAAGAACAAUUACCCACAGCUAUAAUUAGCGUCGCCUCUUCUGUGAUUAUCCUAUUCCAAUAUUUAGCUGGGUCUCUCUCUAUAUCAACCGCCCAGUCAAUCAUCCAGAACCGCCUACCCACAGCUCUGGAGAAAUACGCACCAGACACCGAUAUUCGGGCCAUCGUCCGUGCUGGAGCUACUGAGUUUAUUAAAACCGUGCCACCCGACCAGCUCCUCCCUAUUAAAAUCGCUUAUAAUGAAGCAUUGGUAAAAAUAUUUUACAUUCCUGCUGCCAGUGCCGCUGCUGCGAUAUUUGCUAGCAUUGCAUUUUCAUGGAGAAAACUUGGAACUGAGGACGCGAAGGGAUCCGAGAGUUCGCGGGCCUAG